GAACUGGGGUGAGAUGUGUUACUGGUUGAACUGGCACAUCCAUGCCCCACAUGUCGGCCCUCCUCUUGCUUUUUCGGACAUGUCGCCGGGACCCGCAAGUCUGGUGCAUCUAGACCAGCCACAGAACGAAUUGGGAAGUGAUUCGAUGUACGAAUGAGCCAAGCUUUAAGUAAAGAAGCAUUUUUGCCACCAAGGGUCAAACAGACAUACUCAUCUACAAAUGACUGAACCAAUGCCGUGGGAUGAUUUGUCGAUUGAGAAGUCGAAGAAGAGGAACCCGAAGAAGACGGGUCGUAGAGGAUGAGGACGACAUGGAGCUUUGUCAUCUCUUCAAAAAUCAGAGGCUUAGAAGCGACCACAAAGCUUUGCCGCCUGUGCCCAGGGAGAUUCCCUUUCCGCACUUGGCGUGUCAAGCUGAAGUCGUCGAUUGUUUUAGCAGCUGGGCGCUGAUUCUGUGUUUCGUUUGCUGAGCAAGUAGAGCCGGAUGGGUUGUUCGUCCCUCGAAAAGCUGAUGGAUGCCGAGCCUGCACAGACCCCUGCGACGAAACGCAAGCAGAGUGGGGUUCCAGGUGUGUGGUGGCACCCAACUUGCUGGGCACGGCAGAUUAGCUACCCGACCUUUGACGAGAAGCGCAGUUCUCCUUCGGCAAGUUCAUGAAGGAGGGCCUCACUGAGACCGAAGCCGACAUUGCCGCGCUAGAGGCCGCCAAGGCCUUCCAAGCCGAGCUGGUGAAGCAGGGCGUCCUCGAGGCGCCGAAGCCCGUGGACCCCAACUUCACCAGCGAGGUGAUCGGGGGUGAGGUGGGACAAAAGCAAGCAAAACGUGGCGAGUGGAGCUCAUCCCCAAGAACAGCGGGAAGGGACCAAGCGGGAGGGGAUCUAUGGCGGCGUCUUGUCCAAGGCCGAGUCCAAGGCCUUGGAACUCGCGAAGCUCCACGGCGUGGAGCGCAGGGUGAAGGAGCACCUCUGGGAACUGCCGGUCUUCAAGCCGAAGGUGCCCUAGCCGUGGGGUGAAGUGGGAGCAGAGGAGUCAGAGGUGGCAUGCCCAGUGCACCGUCAACGGAGUCAGAGGCGACAUUUCGUCAAGCCGAAGGCCGUGGCCGAACGAGGAUGCCGUGGCCGGAACGAGGGCUCUGCCUGACCGGUUGGCUGAGCCGACCGAGGUUGGGCGGUUCGGAAAAGGAACGGAGGGCGGUGGCGCUUCUUGUUACGGCCUCCAAGCUAGCGAUGGCCUCCACCGUGCGUAGCUUCUUGUUCCGUUCGUCGCCGGGAAGGAGA